CAAAAAUGUAGUGGUCAUCCAAAUUAUGAAGAUAUCAAUAGUAUGAAAUAUCUUGAUGCGGUUAUUAACGAAGCCCUGCGUUUGUGGCCAGCUCCUGGUUUUACAGAUAGAGUGUGCACCAAAAAUUGUGAAUUACCCCCUGCUUUAAUUAACUCAAAACCGUUUCCUGCUAAGAUUGAUGGUGACCAUUUUUUGAUACCGAUUUGGGGCAUUCAUCGUGAUCCGCAAUAUUUCCCAGACCCAGAUAAGUUUAUACCUGAACGAUUUAUUAGAAAUAACGUGAAAAUCGCCUAUCGUUUGGAGUAGGACCAAGAAUGUGUAUCGGCAAUCGUUUUGCGCUUUUAGAAACUAAAGUACUAUUUUUUCAUCUUUUUUCCAAGUGUAAUAUUGAACUUGGAAAAAAAAUUAUUCUUCCCAUAAGAUUGGAUCGAAAAAAUGCGAUUUGGAUUGCUGAAGGCGGUUUUUGGUUAAUAGGCACAGACCGUUUUCUUAAGCUGAUAUAU